CUCGUUCCAACAUUCAUUCAUUCAUUCAAGAGGCAGUAUAGUAUAUACAUUCAAGAAGAAAGAGAAGAAGUGAAUGCAAGAACUUAUCUUUGCCCUACAACCCUCUCAAAGCUUCUGCCCUUUCUGUCCAGUUUGAGAAUAUAAUUCAUGCACAGGGAAACUUGAUGGGCUCUACUUAAAUCACACCAAGAGGAUCUUACCAGUUCAGAAAAUCUUGCUGCUUGUGAAGCGGCAUGGCUGGGGAUACCAGCAAUGAUGAAUCAUGCACCAAGCCACUUGGAAGGUGCUCUGUCUUCUAUUACGGGGUGGGCCACAUGCUGAAUGAUAUAACAUCUGCCUGUUGGUUCACCUAUCUCUUAGUCUUUUUGACAGAUAUUGGACUGGCCCCAAGUGAUGCUGCUAUUGUAAUGCUUUCUGGUCAAAUUGCUGAUGGAUUCACAACCGUAUUUGCAGGUGAACUGAUAGACAGAUACGGACAUUUCAAGAUAUGGCAUGGAGCAGGAUCUCUUUUGGUCGCCAUCUCAUUUUCUUCCGUCUUUGGUGGUUGCUUGCCUUGCAAAAUUAUUGGAUCCAAUUCAUCUUCUAUGCAAACCAUCGGUUAUAGCUUCUUUGCGGCAAUUUUCAAUGUUGGCUGGGCUGCUACUCAAGUUUCGCACAUGUCAAUGGUGAACUGCAUCACUCUAAAUUCAACAAGCCGAGUAGUGUUGGCUAGCUGUCGCAAUGCCUUCACAAUGGUCGCCAACCUUAGUCUAUAUGCCGUUGCUUUUGUGGUAUUCAACAUUAACACGGCAGGGUCAGUUAUUGAUGUCGAGAAUCAGUAUCGCUGGAUAGCAUAUACGUCAAUCUUCAUUGGGUGCUGUUUCGUGGGUGUAUUUCACCUUGGAACUGAGGAGCCAAGAUUGAAAAGGGAAGCUCAUGAAAAAGGUCAUGCUAGAAUUUCUUGGACCUACUGGUUUAACAAGUUGUUAUACUACCAAGUAGCACUAGUUUAUGUGCUAACUAGACUUGUCACAAACGUUUCACAGGCGUUUCUUGCUUUUUAUGUCAUCAAUGAUCUGCACAUGACCCAAUCUUCGAAAGCUUUGGUUCCUGCAGUCAUCUACAUCUGCAGCUUCAUCAUAUCAAUCCUCCUACAGGAGGUCACCUGGACUGGCCAACGUUUGAAGGCUUUCUACUCUGCCGGAGGCCUUCUUUGGAUAAUUUCUGGUGCAGCUAUCCUCUUUCUACCAAGCAGCAUGAAGGCUUUCAUGUACAUUUUAUCCAUAGCGAUUGGAAUUGCAAAUGCCUUGAUGAUGGUCUCAGGGAUCAGCAUGCAGAGUUUUCUAGUUGGUGAUGAUCUCAACGGCUGCGCUUUUGUUUAUGGAUCAUUGAGCUUUCUGGACAAAAUAUUAUGCGGACUGGCAUUAAGUGUUCUUGAAUCAUAUCAAAGCUCUACUCCAGAAGUGCGCAACUGUCCUCACUCAAGUUUCCAUUUGUCUGUUACCAGAUACGGGUUAGGUCUCGUCCCAGCUAUUUGUGCAUUAGUCGGCGUCUUAGUGACACUAAGCAUGAAGCUGCCUGAGCCCACUUUAACUCCUUUGACGGAUCCGCUACUGGCGUAAGCUCCCAAGCGCAUAAAGAUUCAACAACACAAGUUGCAACCAUUUUCAUCAAUCAAUGAAAUCAAGGUUCUUAGAGUCCCUUUCUAAUCCACAAUCAGGCACCGAGCAGCUAAUUCUUGCUGCAGAACAAAGAUUCUUUUCCCUGAGUCGAACAUUCCUUAUCCGCUGAUUUUAAUUCUAUUUACCGUUCAAAACUGUAAAAGAACCAAAUGGAUACAAAAUCGCAUAGCCCAGAACUCUUGAUGUACAUAGUACAGAUGCUUUCUGCAUGAUGUAACAACAUUGGUUCUUGGAGUUGUUUGUUUUAGCUAACGAGCUCUUGAUCCAAGGGCAACUCGUUUCGCCAGAUCUGUACAAGUCAAUUUUUGUUUAGUUACAACAUCAUCCGGUUGGUUUCGUA